AUGGGAUGAAUACAGGCGAGCAAGAGGGUAGGUUCGAAGGUGCAUGCACAGAAGGCAAUAGGAACUAAGGAGAUUGAUCAUGAGGACCUGAUUCAGCUGGUGAAUGAUUUUUUAAUGACUGAUUUAAAAUCAAGAAAUCAAAAAGAGAAAGCUAUUAAUAAAGUACGAAUCAAACACAGCAGGAGAAUUAUCCAGUCCCUUGAAAUAUGGACUGAGAACUUCCUCCCUACCAUUCGCGAAUAUAAACUCCCUGAAAUUCCUGAAAUCCAGGUGAGAGUUACCUCAGACUUGGACAGGAACGGAUCUGACACAAAAGAAAAGGAUGUUGAUUAUUAUGAGGAUAUUCAAGAGUUCUUGGAAUCAUCACUGGAGAAAGAAAUGCGAUCAUUUCGAAUCUUUAAUGAAACCCCAAAAAUACAGGAGUUCACGAUUGUCAAGAAGCCUAUCUUAAAACUAGCUCCUAAGCUAUAAAAUACUCAUUUGGCUUUACGUACUUUAGCUUCAAUGAAAAAGACUUCAUAGAUGUUUUGGAGAAUUUCCACUCAGUGCACCACAUAGAUUUGUUUCGGAACAAACUAACUGGGUUCAGUGAGGAAAAGAAGGAAAUCAGUGAUGUCACAGCACUUGACGAUGACUCAAAGCCAAAGUACAGGUUAGAUCCUGAGCUAAUCUUCGAGAUCAAAGGUAUUGAUUUGCGGUGCUGCCUCGGCUUGAACAUGCACAAGUUUCAAAUAAUCAUUCAGAUCCUCUCUCAGAGUGAGUCUCUGAAAGAGACUCUUGAAUACAUAUGGAUUGAAGGAUGAAAAGUUGACCUCAUAAAGGCCCAGAUGAUGCUGAUCCAAAAGGGAAUCAAUGUUG